CUCUUCUUAAUGCUGGCUUCUCUGGCCACCGCCGUACCUCUGCAGAGACUCGCUCUCCACCCCCGCGACAUGGACAAAAUACAAACACCCAAUACAGCGGGCGAAACUGCGUCAGACCGAACCAUUUACACAAUCACAUCGCUUGUGUUUAUCAUGAUCUUGUCAUUGCUGCUAGGUUCGCGGUUUGCAAGACUUCGACGAAGCAUCGUGCUAAAACGCAGCCUCAUGUCGCUUCUCGUCGUCUUCCUGUACAUUCUUGUAUUCAUAUUUAUAAUUGUUUCCGACACUCUGGUAUCGGGCCAGGGACUGCAUACCGAGUCGCUAUGUAUGGCAGGAACUUGGGUGUGCUUGUGCUUCUAUACACUCAUCAAGGCUACCAUAUACACCUUCUUCGUCGAACGCAUACACGUUGUGCGAGCGCCGUUUGUGAACAGGAGAAAAGACAAAAUCUACCUGGCCUGCAUGGCCAUGAUUGCGCUAAUGUAUAGCUGUGUCGCCAUUAACGCAGGCAUCAAUCACGUCGUCGAACUCAAGGACUCGGACGGUCGCUGCUACUUUGGCAUCCGCGCGGUUGUGGCCGUUCCUUUUGUGGUGGUCAACUUCUUCACCGAUGCGGCCUUGACAGCAGUCUUUGUCUACCUGCUUCGCCCCGUCCUGCAAAAACAAGGGGGCUCUGCGUAUUCUUGCAUGAUUGUCAGGAGGUCGGGCAAAGCCGAUGGUCCGACGCACGGUGGGGAAGACACCCCAAUGCGGAAAAACAUUAGGAAUCUGCUAUGGAAGAGCAUUAUUGGAUCACUAUUGAUCGAGAUUUCGUCAGCCGCCAACAUGGUUCAAAUCAUUGCCACCAAAGGCGACGAGCUAGGCAUGAUUUGCAUGACGAUUUGUCUUGUGGAUGUCUUCUGGGAUGUCCUAGUGAUCCAUUGGCUGCUCUUUGGCUUGUCAGGCUCUGCUCCAGACAGAGAUCCGAUGCCAUCGAAAGCAACGUUUAGCGAAGGCCCAUCGACCCUGGCACCAGGUCGAGCGCAAUCAGAACUCAAAAGCCAGCUCGACAUGAACCGAUUCUGCCAGGACCUUGGAGAUCUGCGCAUCGGAGGAUCGGAUAUGCGUUGCAACGAGUCAUGUGACUCUGUCUCAGGCUUGAUACUACCUGAACGAGCAAAGCGGUAACAUACAAUACGAGGAGCAAAAAAAGAAAAAAGAAAACCUAAAGCAACAAAUCACGAACAACCCCUUGCCUCGUACGUAACGCCCUUGGGGUUACAAAUGUUCUAGCCCUGGCAACUCGGGUGAGGAUCCCGCGGCCUAAGCCCAAACCCCACAAUGAUGGGCAAACCAAGAUAAUACCUAAACU